AGGUGAGUGUGCAGCCGUGUGUGGUGUGGGUGGAACCGCUCUCCCUCUCUUUCAUCUCAAGCUUGAUUGGAGAGCUGGGCGACGUGCGCUGUAACGGGGAUGACAAUACAGAGGAUGCAGGGGCGGUGGAAAGAAAGGAGCAAUCCCAGCACCAAGAGUGCCAGCAGCAGCAGCAGCAGCAGCAGCAGCAGCAGCAGCAGAAGGAGCAUCAGCUGCUACAGGAAGGUUAUUCGUGGCAGCAGGAAUCAAAGCGACAAGCAAACAUUGCUUCAGAGAUUCCUCCUGACAGUGUUCCUUCUCCUGACAGCACCCCUUCCUCUGCUUGCAACAGCGGUGUCUCCCUCUCUGUUGGCGUCACCUGCCUUCGCCUCGUCCUCACUGCUGCGUCCCCCCAGACACAGCCGUCUCAGGUGCUACAGAUGCAGCAGUCAAGUGGGCUACAGCCAGGGCUGCUACAGCCAGCAGCUGCGCAGGAGUCGCUUGCAUGUGGCAGUGCUGCGGUGACUGAUAGAGAGAGGGAGGAGGAGCAGCAGCAGGAGAGAAUGGUAGUGGGAGCAGUGAGAGGGAGCGCUGGUGCUGAUCUGGCAGUCAGGGUGGGUGACGUGGCACUGGCGGUGGACCCUGCUGACGUGGCGGUGAUCCACGACGUGCUGAUGUGGAUCCAGAAGGCUGUGGAAGGAGCCUCAAACAGAGCGGUGGAGGUGACAUGCGGUGUGUCAAGUGGUGCUGAUGUGACCCAAAGAGCCAGGCAGGAGCUGUCACGACCAGCGAAAUCACCACCACAGGCGUCAGGUCCCAUCUUUGAGAAGACUACUCUACACACAGUCAAAGAAAAAAGCCUUUCUGAAGCUGAAGAGUCCACAGGAAAGAGGAGAGAGGCGAGAGGGCAGCAGGCACCACCACCAAUGGUGGUGCCAAUGUUUCUCGACCUGCAAGUGGGUCUGGUCCAAGCUGAGCUCUUGUUUGAGCCUCGACUGGCAGUGGAAGCACGAGCAGUGGUUCCUACAGGCACGCUUCAGCAGCAGCAGCAGCAGCAGCAGCAGCAGCAGCAGCAGCAGCAGCAGCAGCAGCAGCAGCAGCAGCAGCAGCAGCAGCAGCAGCAGCAGCAGCAGCAGCAGCAGCAGCAGCAGCAGCAGCAGCAGCAGCAGCAGCGGCGGCAGCAGCAGCGGCAGCAGCGGCAGCAGGACACAGGUGACGCCAUUGGUCGGGGCAGCGGAUCUCCAGGGGGAAACCCGCUGGAGAGGGGAGAGGCGGGGGUGUGCCUGCUGCUGGUGCAGUGGCCAGGAAGGUGCCAGGAAGCUUCAGUCACGGCUGGAAGUUUGUCAGGUGGGGGGAAGAAAAGGGGAGUGGAGAGAGGAAAGGAGAGAGUGAGCCAGGGUGGGGAGGGUGGAGGUGAGGGGGUGAGGGGAAGUGAGGAGGGCAGAGAGAGUGAGGGAUUGGUGCCAGCUGUUGUUGCUGCCUCUGCUGCUUCUACUGCUGCUGGUUCCGCUGCUGCUGGGGAAAACGGGCGCUGUGAGGCGCCUCUUAGAGUAAGGGCUGUGGGUGUUGGUGGGAGUGACAAACUGGUAUCCGCUGUGUCAGGUGCUGUUGGUGGUUGUGAUCGUGGUAGCGAGCAAGGGGAUCUGUGGAUCAACCCGGCGCGGCAGCAGAAGCAGCAGCAGCAGCAGAAGCAGCAGCGGCAGGUGCAGCAGUUUGAGGGCCAGGGAGGGCCCUUGCUGGACAGCAUGCAGGUGCUGGGGCGGCUGGGGCAGCAGGUGCAGCUCGUGUUUCCCCCUGAUGCUCCCCUUGUUCCCCCUGGGGGGGUGACGAGUAGGGUGUAUGGGGGAGGUGGGGGGCAGACAGGGCAAGUAGAGCAGGCAGGGCAGGGAGGGCAGCAGGUGCAGCUCGUGUUUCCCCCUGAUGCUAGCGCUGUUCUCCCUGAGGGGUUGACAGGCAGGGUGUAUCGGGGAGGCGGGGUUGUUGAGGGGGAGGAAGGGCAGGGUGUGGGAGGACAGCAGCUGCAGCGGGUGUGUACCCCUGAUGUGGCCCAAGUUUCCUCUGGGGGGUUGACGACAAAUAGGGUGUAUGGGGGAGGUGGGGUUGCAGGGGGGCAUGUAGGGCAGGGAGGGGAGGGAAGGGAGGGAGGGGAGGGAGAGCAGGGAUGGGAGAGAGGGGAGGGAGGGCAGGGAGGGGAGAGAGGGGAGAGAUGGGAGGGAGGGCAGGGAAAGGGUGCUGAUGCUGCGGCUGAUGCUGCGGCUGCUCCUCCUGCCGCUGCUGCUUCUGCUGCUGCUGCUGCUGCCGCUGCCGCUGCGACUACUGCUGAGGGAAGGGAUGCGAUUGGCAGUAACGGGUGGAAGAUUGGCAAUGAUGCUGGGCUGAGGCUUAUAGAGGAGGAGGCAGGGGGGUGGGUGGAUGUGAUUGUACCGGAGCAAUCAGGAGGAGUGAUUGAAGGCGAGGUUGACUAUAACAAAGGAUGGACCUGGAUGGAAGUGGAGAGCGGCGGGGAGAAGCACGUGGGAUAUAGUCACCUUCAGAAAGGCGAGCGAUGCCCCAGCAGCAACAGAUGGAGUGGUGAGGGUGCCAAGACUGGUGGCAGCAGCAGCAACACCUCUAGCCAAUCACACAUGCAUCCUCACCCCCUUUACAGUCACCUUGACAGCAACAGAUGGAGUCGUGAGGGUGCCAAGACUGCUGGCGGCAGCAACACCUCUGGCCAAUUUCACGCACAUCUUCACCCCCCUUAUAGUCACCUCGACAGCAACAGAUCGAGUCGGGAGGGUGCCAAGACUGGUGGUAGAAGCAGAAGCGGCGCCCACCAAUCGCAUCACGCCACGUGGCUUGAAGAUAUUUCCGGGCAGCUGGUUCCAGACCACGUUUCCUUGGUCCCCCCCUCGUCUCUCCAAAACACUCCCUCCUGCUGCUCUUCCUCCUCCUCUCUCCCUAGUGCCACGCACCGUGCUCCCUCCUCCUCUCCCUCCCCCUCCUCUCCCUCCCAUUCCUCUCCCUCCCCCUCUUCUCCUCUCCCCUCUACUCCCUUCACCUCUCGCCCCGGCCAUAAGCCCUCCUCUCUCCCAGCCUCCUAUCCCCCCUCUGAGGCCCGGAUCCUUCUCAGAAACUGCUCGCUCGUCUGCAGACUGAGCUCUGGCCGGCAUAUCUUGUCAAGUAGUGCUGCUAUUAGCAGUGGCUUGUGUGCUGGUCUUUGUGCUGCUCCUGGUGCUACUGCUGGUGCUGGUGCUGGUUCUGGUGGGACGGAGUCAGCACAGGUUGCUGCUGAGUCGGCACAGGGUGCCGCUGAGUCAGCACAGGGUGCCGCAGCAAGGCUCCGAUUGGAAGGCCCGUGCAUGGAGGUGAUUUUGCGAGGAGUGGACGUUCAAAUAGACAAGUUUCAGCCAGACAGGCUGCAACCAGACAGGCUGCAACCAGACAGGCUGCAAGGCUUGCAGCAGGGACAGCAGGGGCUAGGGCAGGGGCAGAAUGGGCAGGGGCAGCAGCAGGGGGGCAGGCGGUGGGCGCGGGUGGGAGGGGCGUAUGGGAGGGAGGCAGCAGAUGUGCGAUCCAAGGCUCUGCGGUUGCUGCUGGAUGCUGUCAGACCCAAUCCAACGGUGGAGAUUGACGAAUUCAGGCUCUCAGUGGCUCUGCUGCCAAUCCGCCUCUGUAUCGACCAGAAUCACAUCGAGUUCCUCUCACGCUUCUUCACCACACCAAUCCCUCCUCCGACUGGUGAUGUUACCGGGAAUCACGGUGCUGCUACAACCAGUGUUGCUACAGCUGGCGCUGCUACAGCUAAUAUUGGCGCCUCUGAAGCCCCAGCGGCGGCAACAGCAGCGGCGGUGGCUGAUGCAGAGCUCUUGCGGGAUGCCCUGCUGCCAUUCUUCCAGGUGUGUGAGAUUCGGGCCUUUUCCAUCCUGAUCGACUAUGUGCCGCAUCGCUUGGAUCUAUCGGCCCUUUCUGCUGGCAAUUACGCUCACCUGCUCAACCUCAUCUCAUGGAAGGGCGUUGAAAUCGACUUCACAAAAGCAAGGGUGGUGGGCGUGCAGGGGUGGGACGGGCUAGGGGGGGCGCUCAUCAGCCAAUGGGCGGAGGACAUCUGUCGGCGCCAGCUGCAUCGGGUGGUGAAGGCAGCAGGGCCUGUCAGCCCCCUGUGGGCGCUGGGUGCAGCUUCUAUACAGCUAGUGCUGCUGCCGGUUCAGGAGUACAGGCAGAACAAGAGGCUCAUGCGAGGAGUGAAGAGAGGUGCCAUCUUUUUCCUUCAAUCUCUCUCCCACGAGUUGCUGGGCGUGGGAGUGACAGUCGCAGCCGGCACACACCACCUGCUGCACGCAGCAGAGCUCGCCCUCGCUGCUACAGCCAGCGCUACAAACGCUGGUACAAAUGCUACAGCUGGUCCAGCUGCUCUUGCUACAUCAGCUGCAGGUGUUACAGCCGCUACAGCCAGUAAUCGUCCUCCCUCCACAAAUCCCCUUUCCUCUUCUUCCACUCCCUCUGCACCCUGCACUUUCUCUUCCUCCUCUUGCUCCUCCUCCUCUCGUUCGUUCUCUUUCUACUCCUCCUCAACUUCCUCACCAUCCGCCCGUGCAAGCAGCAGCCGCCGAGAUAAGACACCCUGUGACUGGCGGGAGCUUGGGGAGCAUGGAAGCUUCGAGGAAGGCUCACACUGGGUCACUUUGUUUGCUGACAGUGGCAGCGGCAGCAGCAGCGGCAGCGGCAGCAGCAGCAGCGGCGAUGGCGGUGGCUGUGGCAGCAGCAGCGGUAUUGGCGGUGGCUUUGGCAGUGGUAUUGGCAGUGGCAGUGGCUGUUCUUCUGUAGGAGCCUUGGCAGCAGCUCAAGAGGUGCUGAACCGUAGUGUGGAAAGAAGCCUGUCCUCGUUAUUAGGUGCUCCGCUAAGGAAGUGGAGGCGAGGGGACGGAAUGCCUGCAGUGGCAGCAGCGGUGAUGAAAGGCAUCCCAGCAGCAGCCAUGGCUCCUGUGGUUGGGGCUGCUGAAGCUCUGGAGGAGACACUUAGAGGGGUGAAACGCAC